UUAUGCAUAAUCUAGUUCAUUAAUAGCUUAAAUAGUAUCGGCUGAUUCCAACCUGAUACCCUUCUAUUGUUACAGAAUCGAACGAGACUUUGUUAGCUAAUAUUCGAAUAUAACCGACCAGACAACAAUUAGUACCCAACACGUAAUCUGAAGCAGAAAUCUCAAGUAACCUAAAUCGUAGUGUAAAUUUCACGUAAUGAGGAACAGCCAAUUGCGUAUUACCUUCCUAAGUUGGUUGGCAAAAAGAGUAGUAUGACAGGGGUUUUCGAAUAUGCAAUAACAUGAUUUCCCUUUGAUUAGAGUCUUAUUUUGUAGUGAGAACGUGAUCCCUUCAAAUUUAAUACGUUUCAAGUGUCAUUGAUGGUCCUUAUUCAAUCAGAGUACAAUAACGGUCGAGUUGCGUCGUUAUCAGAAAAAGCUCAUACUUUGUGUAUUGGUUGAAUAAUAAUUGCCUUGUAUGUAAUUUAAUCGAAAUCUAAGACAUCAUUAUUUAUAUAUUAGGUGGAAAUAAGUGAGCCCAGCAUAAAGUGGGUUUGUUAGGUGACACACUAAUGAACAGAAACAAUUUGGAAAAUGUCGGACAAAGAGAAUCUUGAUGUUCAAGAAGUAAGCGGUAAUGAUAAUGGGAAUCGAUUAAAUACGGAUGUUUGUAGUAUGGAAGAGCGAUCCGAAUAUUUUAAACAGCUGGAAAAAUGGUUACAAGAAGUGUACACAUGGCAGAGUGUGGUUGCAAUGUUUCCAUAUUAUGUCAUGUCUAGUCAGAUAUUUACUCCUAAUGAUGUUACCUCAUCUUCAACUCAAUUGCCAACAAAUAUCGGUUUUACAAUACCUAAUGUUCAACAAAAUAACAGUAAUGUGAUCCAUCGACAUGUGAACGAACCCUUAAGAGAAACAAGGCCUCAGGAGUCUACUGGACUAUUUCAACCUCCUGGUGCAGAAGGUUUUGAAUAUCGUAUUCCGCCAGUUUGGAAGCGAUUUGCAGCGGAGUUUAUUGAUUCAGGGAUACUAUUCAUAGUCAAGCUUUCUAUCUCUUUUAUCGCUGUCAAUAUGUUUGACUUUGCUGGUACAAAACCCUAUAAUUUUGAUUUGAUACAAGCGAAUCUACAAAUCGAUUAUAAAAUGGCUUUAGAGGUGACAUCUGAACUAUUCUUGCUGGAGUUAAUGUAUAAAAUAUUCGUGUGUAUUUUUGAAGCAUUUUGGCUGCAACAUGGAUCAAAUGGCCAAAUAGGAGGGGCCACUCCAGGAAAAACGAUAAUGGGUCUACGGGUGGUUCGAUGUGGCAGUAUCACCCUCAUAGAAAGACCCGAUGACGCCAAUUUGGUUCUCGUAUCUCCUGGAACAGAUCUGGGUUUACCACUAGCUGUUGCUCGUUCUGUGAUAAAGAAUCUGAUCUUGGCAUUCCUCUUCCCAAUAUGCUUUGUCCAUUUCUUUUUUAGAUUUAAAAGAACCGCUUAUGAUUUAGUCUGCAAGUCAAUUGUUGUAGAAGAUCCAUAUAGAAAUAAUAACAGACUUAAUCGCUAAUUUGUACAUACUGCAAAGAUGUGAACUAUGCAUAAACAAUGUAAUAUAAAGUACACAAUUGACACACAAAGUUAGAUAUGAAAUUGAAAAUUUGUGUAAUACAUUCAUACAAUAUGAAUAAAACUGUCUACACACAUA